CUAUAUUGCGCAGAUCACACCUUAAAUGCCUUUCGUCGAGCGAUUUCAACAAAUACGUAAUUUUGUUAUGAACGUCUGCCUCGUCGAGGCCAUCCAAUUCGUCCAGGACCUCUCGCACGCCAUCUGUCUGGACCUCCAGGGCCUAUUCAAUCUCAAGUAGAGAUCCAGGAGCGAUCUCCCAGCGCUCAUCCCAUCAAUCACCCAGAUACACUUUACUUCAUUAAGUAGCAGCAAUCAUCUAACACAGCUGACCAAACAACGCACCGACUUCCAGAAUCCCUAACUGAGACGGACGUUUUGCUUGGUUUUUAAAACUAAACGACUCUUCGCACCCGCACCUGUUGACCUCUGACGUAUACCUCGAUCCACUGACCGAUCCACUAAUCCACUGAACAUCAUCAUCAUCAUCAUCAUCGUCAUCCAAAUUCCACAAUGUUGUCCUGUGCCUCUUUCAAUAAACUGAUGUAUCCGUCGGCCGCAGAUGUGGCCAAACCGCCAAUGGUGGGCCUGGAUGUGGAAGCGGGAUCCAUUGGGUCCCUGUCCAGUCUCCAGGCCCUUCCGUCGACCACAUCGGUGGGCAGUGGAGCACCCAGCGAGACUCAGAGCGAGAUCUCCUCCGUGGACAGCGAUUGGAGUGACAUACGCGCCAUCGCCAUGAAGUUGGGCGUUCAAAACCCAGACGAUCUCCACACGGAGCGUUUCAAGGUGGAUCGGCAGAAACUGGAGCAGUUAAUAAAGGCGGAGAGCUCUAUUGAGGGAAUGAAUGGAGCUGAGUAUUUCUUCCAUGACAUCAUGAACACGACGGAUACUUAUGUGAGCUGGCCUUGCAGACUCAAAAUUGGUGCCAAGAGCAAGAAGGAUCCCCAUGUGCGGAUUGUGGGCAAGGUGGAUCAGGUCCAGCGGGCAAAGGAGCGCAUCCUUAGCAGCCUCGACUCAAGGGGCACUCGAGUGAUCAUGAAAAUGGACGUCAGCUACACGGAUCACUCGUACAUCAUCGGACGAGGUGGCAACAACAUCAAGCGCAUAAUGGACGACACCCAUACCCACAUCCACUUCCCCGACUCGAACCGCUCCAAUCCCACGGAGAAGUCCAACCAGGUGUCGCUGUGCGGCAGCCUGGAGGGCGUGGAGCGCGCCCGGGCUCUCGUCCGGCUCUCCACGCCGCUGCUGAUCUCCUUCGAGAUGCCCGUGAUGGGGCCCAACAAGCCGCAGCCCGACCACGAGACCCCCUACAUCAAGAUGAUCGAGACCAAGUUCAAUGUGCAGGUCAUAUUCUCCACACGUCCCAAGCUGCACACCUCGCUGGUUCUGGUCAAAGGAUCCGAGAAGGAGUCGGGCCAGGUGCGAGAUGCCACCCAGCUGCUGAUCAACUUUGCUUGCGAGAGCAUUGCGAGCCAAAUCCUGGUGAAUGUCCAGAUGGAGAUCUCGCCGCAGCACCACGAGAUCGUCAAGGGCAAGAACAACGUGAACCUGCUCAGCAUCAUGGAGCGCACCCAGACCAAGAUCAUAUUCCCCGAUCUGAGCGACAUGAACGUGAAGCCGCUGAAGAAGUCACAGGUCACGAUCAGCGGUCGCAUCGACGACGUCUACUUGGCGCGACAACAAUUGCUUGGCAAUUUGCCCGUAGCAUUGAUUUUUGACUUUCCGGACAACCACAACGAUGCCUCCGAGAUCAUGAGCCUCAACACCAAGUACGGCGUGUACAUCACGUUGCGCCAAAAGCAGCGGCAGAGCACCCUGGCCAUUGUGGUCAAGGGAGUGGAGAAGUUUAUAGACAAAAUCUACGAGGCCCGCCAGGAGAUCCUGCGCCUGGCCACGCCCUUCGUGAAGCCCGAGAUCCCCGAAUACUACUUCAUGCCGAAGGACAAGGACCUCAACCUGGCCUACCGCACCCAGUUGACCGCUCUGCUGGCUGGGUACGUGGACAGCCCGAAGACUCCAUCGCUGCUGCCGCCCGCCCUGACUGGCCAACUGACGCCCUAUGCCAACAACAAUCACCUGUUGCUGAAUGCCAAUGGCCUGGCCACGCCCACUGGUGUCUGUGCGCCCACCCAGAAGUACAUGCAGCUGCACAACAGCUUCCAGCAGACUCAGGGUCGCUCCAUGGUGGCUGGUGGGCAGAGCAGCAAUGGCAACUAUCUGCAGGUUCCUGGAGCGGUGGCGCCUCUCAAGCCGCCGACUGUUUCGCCGCGGAACAGCUGCAGUCAGAACACCAGUGGCUACCAGAGCUUCAGCAGCAGCACCACCUCCCUGGAGCAGUCGUAUCCGCCGUAUGCCCAAUUGCCGGGCACCGUGUCAUCCACUUCGUCCUCCACCGCGGGAAGCCAAAAUCGCGCGCAUUACUCGCCAGAUUCCACCUACGGCAGUGAGGGCGGUGGCGUUGGCGGCGGAGGAGGCGGUGGCGCGCGUCUGGGACGCCGCCUUAGCGAUGGAGUACUUCUGGGGCUGGGCAAUUCCAGCGGCGGCGGAGGUAACGCCGGCGGCGGAGCUCACCUCCUGCCCGGCAGUGCCGAGAGCUAUCGCAGCUUGCACUAUGACCUUGGAGGAAACAAGCACUCCAGCCACCGUGCCUUUGACUUUGACAUGAAACGGGCCCUGGGCUACAAGGCCAUGGAGCGCACUCCGGUGGCGGGGGAGCUGCGCACACCGACGGCCACUUGGAUGGGCAUGGGCUUGAGCAGCACAUCGCCCGCCCCUGCCCCGCUGGAGAACGGGGAAAAUGGGGCUGGUGGUGGAGGAGCAUCUGGCGGAUGGCGGCUGCCACCAGGAUUGGGUUCCCCUUACGGACUGAGUGCCACCACCGGACUGCUGGACGCCACGCCAGUCAACCGAAGGAUGCAGCUCGCCAAGCACAAGGACAUCCAGACUCUGCUCACCAGCUUGGGUCUGGAGCACUACAUCAAAAUAUUCGUGCUGAACGAAAUCGACCUGGAGGUGUUCACCACGCUGACCGAGGACAACCUGAUGGAGCUGGGUAUCGCGGCGUUUGGAGCUCGCAAGAAGCUGCUGACGGCCAUUCACACGCUGCUGGCCAACGAGGCGGCAUGCAGCACAAUGCCCAGCAGCAGCUCCUCGCAGAACUCCUCGUCGCCGCGAUUCUCCGGAAGUGCGGCCCCCGGCGCAGAGCGCCGUCCCUCCAACCAGUGGUGAUCGGUGAUCGGUGGUCGGUGAUCCGCUCCUGUCGUUCGUCCCAUCAUAUUGUUUUUCUUUUUUGCAUUCCAUUUAUUUGGUGGUAGUUGUAGGAUCAGGAGAAGCGGAACGGAAAAGCAUAGGAGGAGGAAGUCAGGAAGAGAAUGGCAACCCCCUGGGCGAAUAGCUUUCCCGCACAACACAGCCUUGACCUUGACUUAUACUCGCAUUUGUACUCAAAUUCCAAGUAGCAUAGGCUGCGCUCGGGAAAGUGCACAGUUUUCCCAGUUUGCCAAUUGGUCGUAGUUGCCUCUAUUUUAAGCGAUUAAUUUAUUUUGAAAUUAUUUAUAUAGAAACUGUCUUAAGCAAAAAUAUUGUGAAUUAUUUAUGAAAUCGAACUAAACGAAAUCACUUGUUGUAAGAAAUGAAUUUAUGUAAACCAACUGAAAAAGAAACUAAAAACUUCAAAACGCAAGCACAGCAUGUAUUAAGUGAUAAGCAAACAGUCACGCACAAACAUUUGAUAUGAAUAAAUUGAUGUCUAUGAAAAAUCAA